AUGAGUUCAGAAUUUGUUGAAGGAUGGACAAUUGCUCAAACAUUAGGAGAAGGAACAUUUGGAGAGUAUGUUCAAAUUACCUAUAACCUACAUAAUUUUAUAUAACUAUACCUACAUUUUGUAUUUGUGCACUAACAAAAUACAGAUACCAGUGUAUACUAGUAUUUUAAAACAUUUUAAAUUGAAGCUAAAUCUUAAUAUAGGUUUUAAACAAAAGGUUAUUUUUUAAGCCUUGAUUCAUAGUCUAGAUGAUUAUUGAUUCACUCUUUCGCAUUGGACCUAUCAUCACUAUAACUUUUUUUACAUGUCCUGUGUUGUGUUCUCAUAUCUAUUAUGUUCUAUAUAUUAGUCUUUAAAUGGGUGUUUAGGAACACAGUUCCUGUUUAUCUCUCCCCUGUUUAUUACCUUAUAGGCUUGUAGUGAAAUUCACUAGUGUCUUUACUCCACAUUAAAUAUGUGAAAAUGUGCAUCAUACAUAUAAAUAAGUUUUAAAUUAAACUAAUUAAACAGUUGGAUAAUAUAAUUAAUAAUAAUAUAAUAAUAUAAUUUUUUUCAAAUUAUAAAUUAUUAUUAUAGGUUUAGAAUAGUAAAUGUAAAUUUUUUGAUAUUUUUUUUUUAGAGUAAAACUUUUAAUAAACCAGAAUAAUAGUACAGUUGCUAUGAAAAUAAUUGAUCUGAAAAACUUUCCUGAUGCAUUAGUUAUGGUUAAAAAAGAAGCUGCAAUACAUUGUCGAUUGAAACAUCCAAGUAUUAUUAAAUAUUUCGGACAACGUCACAGCAAAGAUUAUUACUACAUAUUCUUAGAAUAUGCAUCUGGGGGUGAACUAUUCGACCGAAUUGGUAUGUUUAUUUUAAUAUUUAUAUUUUGAUACAUUUAUACUAACAGACGUUUUUUUUUGAAAAUUAGAACCUGACAUUGGUAUGCCGCAAUCUGAUGCUAAAAAAUUUUUUAAUGAAUUGCUUGCUGGAGUUGUAUGUUCCUUGUUUUUACAUAUUUUUCAAUUGAAUAUAUAUACAUACUGUUUAUAAUAUAAUGUUUUAUUAGGAAUAUUUACAUAAUAAUGGUAUAGCUCAUAGGGAUUUAAAACCAGAAAAUUUAUUACUAGAUGAACAUGGAAAUCUAAAAAUAAGUGAUUUUGGAUUAGCCACUAUGUUUUUAUGUGGGGGAAAAGUAGGUAAUAUUUAUUUAUACCUUUUUUUUUUGUUACAAAAAUCAUUAAAUAAAACUUUAAUAAUUAACAAUCAUUUAAAUAGCGGCGUAAACUGGAAAAGAGUUGCGGAACCAGGCCUUAUUUAGCUCCAGAAGUUCUUUCACGUUCUCCUUACCAAGCAGAACCUUCUGACAUUUGGUCUUGUGGUAUUAUACUCGUUUCUAUGCUUGCUGGAGGUAACUGUUUUUGAGUAUUAUCAACUUCUAUGUACUAAGUUGUAUAGUCUUCCUAUAAUAUAGCUUAAAUAAUAUAUUAAUGUUGAUCUUUGGUAUUCUAGAUGUAGGUAUAUUUUUAAAAGAGACACUCUAAAGCUUUUCUAUCAAAGUUAUUGAUAUUUGAUACUACAUCAAUAAUUGCUUAUGUUAAUAUUUUCAAUCUUAACAGAAUUCAUACAAAAAGGAUAUUGAUACUUAUGGACCUUUAUGUUAUGCAUAAUCAGUUUUCUUUAAUUUUUGAAUAAUAUAAUAUAUAAAGUAAGAAUAUUAUUAUAUUAAAUUAGAUUAUCAAAAUUAUCUAAAAAUUUCCAUUUAAUAAUAUUUUUCUGUGAAAAAUUUGAUGAAUAAAAACAUAAUAUGUUAAACUAAUUUACUUUUUGUCCCCACAUUAUUUUAAAUUAAUUGAUGAAUGCUAUGACAAAAUAUGUCUGACAGCAUCUAUUCAGUGGUUAUAUUUUGUAUUGCUUAUCUGUCUAUUAUAAAAUGAAUAAUAAUCUCAUUGAGAAUUUAUAAAUAAUCAAUUCUACUUUGGUAGUUGUUUUAUAAAUAAUUAGUUCAUUAUUGUUUUUAAUUAAUCAAUGUACAAAUAUAUUUAAUAUAAUAGAUACAUAAAGUAAAGCUAUUUAGUAUUAUUUUAGUAACAUACAUGUUAGAUAUGUACAUAUUUAUAUUUUAUUUAUAUAAAAUUGUAAAAUAAUAUAUACGGAUCUGUGUUUAUUUAGAGCUACCUUGGGAAAUGCCAUCUGAUGACGAUGAAGAUUAUAAAUUGUGGAAAACUACUGAUUAUGCUAAUCACUCACCAUGGUGCAAAUUAGAUACCUUAGCUUUGUCGCUUGUGAGAAAAAUAUUAAUUCCAAUUCCAUCUAAAAGAUAUGAUAUAUUACAAAUUCGUUCUCAUCAUUGGUUCAAAAAAUCAAAAUCAUGUGGUAUAUUUUUAUUUCAUUUAAUUAAAUUAUCAGAAAAAAAUGUAUUUUAUGUUAAAGUACCUAGAGAUUACUGAAUAAUUAAUUACAAGGAUCAGUGAACUCUUAGGUAUCUCAGCUGUGUAUUGAAGUAAUUCAUCAAUUUAUAAUCCAAAAUAUCACCUAUUAUAAUUCUGUGUUGUUCAUUUAGACAGUAAGAAAAUGGGUGUUUCUGUUUGGUCAGACAGAGAUUUUGAGGACGCUCGUCCAUGUUAUUCACAACCGGCUCCUGCAGCCAUUUCAUAUGCAGUAUCUAUCCCACCCAAUGAAUCUGAAAUACAUUCAUUUUCCCAACCAACUCAGGUAGAACAUUUGUUACUAUCUUCUCAACUUCUAACGUCACAAUCAAUGUUAACAACAUCAAAUGUAAUUAAAGAUUUAAUUAUUUUACAUUUUAAUAUGUUCGGUAUAAAUAACAAAAAAAUAUUAACAAUUUUUUUAGAACUCCAUACAGAAAUUAGUUAAGAGAAUGACAAGGUUUAUAGUUUGUUUGUCACCUGAAGAAGCAUUAGUUAAUUUAUCACAGUUUCUUGAUGAUUUGGGAUAUACAUGGAAAAUCAAUACAUCAGGUUUAGUAAGUAAUUAAAAAAGUUGAAAACGUUUAGAAAUAAAUAUAUUUAUUUCAUUGGGUUACAGGUUACAAUUACAACUACUGACCAGCACUUAGUGUUUAAAUCUAAUAUAAUUCCAAUGAAUCAUCAAACAUUGAUGGACUUCAGGCUUUCAAGAGGAUGUGGUUUAGAAUUCAAAAGACAUUUUGUUGCUAUUAAAAAUGCCAUGUCUAAAAUGAUAUCCAAAGGUCCAUUAAUGUGGCCUGUUGCUAUGGCAACAAACACUGUACCAUAA